CCGGCUUUGCUUCUUUGCUCUCCAUUUGCUAAAUUUGUAAACCAUCCAAUUUCUCCUCUGUUUGCUGUCGCCCCUUCCCAAUGGGAGGCGCGACAUCGUUUCCAUCGGCUAGCCUCAUGUUUUAUCAAGGAAAAUAGCAAGAAUUUCCAUUGAGCUCCUGUUGCUUACUUCUCCCCAGGCUCCACAAAAUUUCUGCAAUGGGAGCCUGUUGUAGCACCGAGUUCCAUUUUGGCCCUGAGGAUGCCGACGACCCCACUGAGCAUAAGGAAUACGACAUUGAAAGCAACGCCGGUGAUGAUGAUGUCUUCUCCGGCGAUUACGGGGCCCGCGUUCGUCUUCAUGGGGCCUCCAAAUUCAUAUCCAUGUUCACCCAACAGGGGAAGAAAGGGGUCAAUCAAGAUGCCAUGACCGUCUGGGAGGAAUUUAUAGGGGAUAAAGAGAUGACAUUUUGCGGGGUGUUUGAUGGUCAUGGACCUUAUGGUCACAAGGUAGCAAGGCACGUUAGGGACAAUCUACCAUCAAAAUUGUCCACAGGGAUCAAAACAUCACAUCUGAAUAACUUCGAUAACAGCGACGUUAACCUUAGCAGCGAUGGGGAUAGUGACCAUGAUGCCAGCAAACCAAAAGAUGCCAAAAGUUCCUUGCUUUUGUCUGCCUGGGAAACAUGUUUGAUGAAAUGUUUCAAAGAGAUGGACCAGGAACUCAGCCUCGACGCUAGCAUUGAUAGCUAUUGCAGUGGCGCCACUGGGGUCACCGUAACUAAAAAAGGGAGGCACUUGUUGAUAGCAAACUUGGGUGAUUCCAGAGCGGUUCUUUGCAGCAGAGGAAACAAAAACCAGUUGAUCCCAAUUCAACUCACGGUGGAUUUGAAACCCAAUGUCCCAAGCGAAGCGGAAAGAAUCAAGAAGAACAACGGCAGAGUUUUUGCAAUGGAAGAGGAGCCCGAGAUUUUUAGAAUAUGGAUGCCAGAUGAAGAUUGCCCUGGUCUAGCCAUGGCAAGAGCUUUUGGAGAUUUCUGCCUCAAAGAUUACGGCCUCAUCUCGACCCCUGAAGUCUCCUACAGGAGGCUCACAAACAAUGAUGAAUUCGUCGUUCUAGCCACCGACGGAAUAUGGGAUGUGUUGACAAACGAGGAGGUGAUAAACAUAGUUGCAUCGGCAAGGAAGCGAUCAAUGGCGGCCAAAUUACUGGUUAAGUACGCGGUCAAUAUGUGGAGGACGAGACACCCAGGUUCUAGAAUCGAUGAUUGUGCAGUGGUAUGCUUGUUCCUAAAGAGCAAAACGAUUUUGGCGAGGUCGUUUUCGGAGGUAAGCAGGGUGAGCGCCAACCACACAGAGCUAGCAGAAAACUUCUCGGAAGUCAGUAGAGCUAGUGUUCAUCACUCGGAAAUUGCUGCCGUGCCGUUGAAAUCUAGAACCGUGAGGCAACACGUAGGGCGUCCGCCGUUGGGACCUGAUCACACCAAUAACAGCAACAAUAGCAACUCAGAGCAUAAUGGCGGCGAAGUGGCAGCCGAUAGCCAUGGAAUGAGUAGAGCGGACUCGUUCGCGGUGGUGUCUCCUGCAGGAAACGGGUUGAGCCAGAGGAGAGUGGCGAAAUCAAUGGAGCCGGUUGAAGCCUAACCCAAAAAACCAAAAUCCCUUUGUUUUGAUUUAUUUAAGCCUUUCCCUUUUUUUCUUUCUGAACUUCAUUAAUUUUCCUCGGAUGUUGAGGACGGGCAACAAUUUGGCUCCAGGAGAUUUAUACCUUUUUACAGGAAAAAAGAAAAGAAAAAAUUGCGCAUCUUUUUUGUGCAAUCCACCUUCCUUUUUGGUAAGGUUGCAGUUAGUGAAAGGAACAAACAUUUCCCAAACACUAUUAUGCAUUUUCACUCUCCACACCACCAACUGUUUAUUUAUGGCACAAGAAGAACUUUACAUUUGAACUUUGACAGAAGUGGUUUCAGUCGUCAUGGUCCCAGAGAUCGGCCACUAUCCUAAAAGGGCCUUCGGUUUUGUUGACGAACAGUUCUUCCCCAUCCAGCACCCGUUUCUUUACAGGAUUACAAAAUAAGAAAACAAGAAUUUCUUU